UCACCACCAUGUAUCACUCAGUCCAUAUCAGCUGAACUGAACGUCUGAGCAAGACAAGGGUGACUUGCAGUGAGCAGCUAAAAGAGGCUUUACCUGGAUGAGAUCAGGAGCCACCAUAGCAAUGGAGAGUUUCAGUGUGCUGCUCCAUAAACUGCAAGAGGCACAUGAGCGGGAGGUGGAGGGGUGGCAGGUGAAGGUCCAGGAGCUGUCCAACAAGAAAGGCUGUGAUACAAAGCGAAUGGAGGAACUGUUCACCAGAAACCAGCAGAUGAGAGAACAGCAGAGGUUACUCACUGAAAACAUCAAGACACUGGAAAACAGGCUGAGGGCGGGGCUGUGCGACAGGUGUACAGUGACUCAGGAGGUGGCCAAGAGGAGGCAGCAGGAAUAUGAAGCCUCUCAGAUACAGAGCCUUCAGCACAUGUCUAUACUGGCUGGAGAGAUGAACAACCUGAAAAAGGAGAACAAGAGACUGAGAGAAGAGAUCAGGAGUCUGAGAGGAGCACUGGAAGGUCAGAGUGAACACUCUUCCAACAACAACAACAACAACCCAGAGGUGAAAGCAGCCAGGUCUCCUGACCUUUCACCCUCUGCUGGACCUUUGGCCCUCGUCACCACGGCAACCAGCAAAGCCCCCAACCAACCAGCAGAUGGCGAUGUUGCAAUGAAACCACAGCCAGACCAAAGAUCUGAAGAAAGCCUGUCUGAACACAGACAAACGAGGGGAUGGAGCAGAGCUCACUUUCCUGCCACUGUGACGACUCCCACGGCAGCAUCCUGGAAGACAGAACAAAGUGUAGCUCGGGGCAGUGUUGUCGAGAGGAGAGCUCAAAGUGUUGAAGGACUGGACCAGCGAGCUCCCAUCUCUCCUCAUCUUCUCCUAAAGAAUAUUCCCCACUCCUCCUCCUCCUCUUCUUCUUUGGCCAGUGGAGAAGUGAACUCGAGCAGGCACUUGCUGCACGCCCCUGUCCCAUGCCGUCCUCGCCCUAUCAAGACGACUUCUGUUUCUAUCCCAUGGUCUUUGUCCGAAACCUCUGACUGGGUCACCUUGGCUUCUUCUGUGGGGAACACCGUGGUGGUGCAGCCCAAUCACAAGCCUAACCCACCACACUUUCCCAACCUGAUCCCAACUAGCCAACAGGCCAAUCACUGCAGUUCCAGUGCCCAGGUGAGGAGGCAGGUUCUUGGACAUCCCUGGCCGAGGCAUAGCCCUCCUCAGCCCCUUACGAAAGAGCAGACAGUGGUUUUGAGGGUGAGGGGUCUGUUGGAGCAAGGGGAGAGUCAACCUAGGGCCAAAGAGGUAAAGGAGGUGCCAACAUCACCACCAAAGCCUGAGAAGGCCUUUGGAGAGGGGCUUAAAGAGGUAUAUGAGGGGCCUCUGGACCUAUCAGAUCGAGGGAGGUCCAAAUCCAGCCAAGCAUCAAGGGACGAGCCCGUGCAUGGCGGCGAGAUAGAAGAAGAGACCUCUGACAGGGAUACACAGGCAAAUCCUUCUGCACACACACCAGUAUGUCCAUUUUUAUCAUCAUCGCCAUCCUCCCCUCCUGUGCCCUCCUCAUCCUCCUCUACAGCCCAGCCCAACAAACAACAGGAGCAGGCUUUCACUGAUCAUAACCACAAGUUGAGCAAAGACAAGCAGAUGGAGGAGACAAAUGGGGAAACAGACCAAACCAACGGGAGGAAGGUGCCUGUCCUCACCAAAUCAUUACAACCAGUGGUGGUGCUAGAGACUCUGAAUUCUGCACUUCAGAAGCAAGAAUCCCUAUCAUCAAAUGGCAAGUCAUCACCUACGGCUGAGCCAGGAAGCAGCUCGGAGGAGCAGGACGGGGAGGAGAGCUUGUCUGGACAGGACAGCAGCCAGGGCUCUAAGAGGAAGAGGCCGUCUGUGGACACAGAUACCGACAGAGACUCUGACGCAGACGAGAUCCAGCAGGAGAGAAAGAUCAAGAUCACACUGAGACAUGAGGACAGCUCAAACUAAAGUGGACAAAAAUUACAUCACAUAAACUGGAUAAUAUAAUAAAUUACCCCUUAUUUUAGACCUCAGGAAAACAUAUGGGAAGUCAAUAUCUCCAUAUACCAUACUCCUCAUUCAAUCUCCACUAAUUCUUUCGCCUCAUUCUUCAGAUCAUCAGCGGAAAUAACAUAAUAAAACACAGCACAGCAAUCUGACAAGCAUGAUGCAAAUUUGCUAAGGGCACAAAAAAACAUUUUAACUUAAAGCUCCAUUACUCCAAUUUGGGUUAUAUCAAUUAAGGCUUAUGGCUGAAAUGCAUUAAUUUCAUAUCCACAUUAAACUGAAGAUUAUCGACCUGUGAGUGCCAGUAUUCAGUUUGCUUUGAUUUUUUGUUCCAACCGUGCCCCCAAUGAAGUGUAUUUACAAUCAUCUCAAUGGUGCACCACAGCAGUUUUAAACAUCUGUAUAUCAUAGCCAAACUAAUUAUGACAACUUUGAAAAAUAAAUUACAAAUCAAACAAGGGUUAUGAUGAUUUCCAGAAACUCUUUAAAAUCUUUAGACAAAUUUUGCCGUCCACCUUCCUGUUUUAUGCUGUAAAGCAAUGUACGGAUGAGGCACUAAAACAUAGUAUAGAAACUGGUAGCGGCUGCCAAUCUGUCAAUCAUUUGUCGUGUUUGUUUACAGUAAUCAGACCAAUGUUUCACAAUGAAUAUAGGAAUGAUUUAUUUAUGCUAAAAUUAUAUACAUACUGCUUUUAAAAUGUGUGGGUGUCAAGCUAAAAGCAAGGCCGUUUCAGUUCCUGAAAUGUUUUCACUCAAUUGCCAUGAUGCGUGUACACAUUUUUUUGUUUUUGAUGGCGCCAGUGGAAACUAGAUCGUCAAACCCCACAGUGUCAAUGCCUGCAAAAGUGUUCUGUUGGUUGUCAACCUGGGGAUAAAAUCAGGGGCUCAGAAGAACCUCAACUCGUGCUUUUUUCACUGAAUGUGUUUACAUGCAUGCAAUAUUUUGCUAUAAACAGGACACCUACUUGUUUGUGUUUGUGAGUUGGAUUUAUGAACACCAUUCAGAGCCAGUCAAAGUGUGAAGAGUGAAAAUGGCUACCCCCAUAAGUUUUUUUUAAAAAUGUUUUUUAUGAAUUUCAAUGAAUUGCUUCUGUUAUAACAUUAUGAUAAAUAUUCAGUGUACUAGCAAAAAUAGCUCUUCCAUUAAAAUAAUUUCAUUUUUUUCUCCCAUCAAGGUCAAACACUGUCAGCUAAAUGUGGGUGUGAAUGUUGCCUACAAACUCUUAAUAACUCAAAUGUUAAUUUUAAAUAUUUCCCAUACACCCUUUUUCACUUCAGCGUUAAUGCUUCUUUCCUGGCAAUGCUGUCAACCUCAGCCUGGCUAUUUCUGCCACAAAGUGCCUCCUCUCAGCCUGCCCUAAAAAUGACAAAUAAAGAAAAAAAGAAGAGAGAAGCAUGUUCCUCUUCCUCUUUUUCGUUUUCAGAGAACACAUAUUUUGCAAGUCUUAAAUUUCCACUCCCAGCUGUGACACAGCUUGUGUUAAUUCAGGGUAUACGGAGUGAGGUGAUAAAGGCUGGGUUACAGUAUCAGACUGGUAUAUACUUGUACUUUUGAAACACAAUGUUGUAUUAUCACCAAAUCUGUAUCAUUUUUAUCAAAUGCACCUUUUUUGCAAAGAUUGUAGUUUAUAGCGUGUGUGUGACUUUAUUAAAUAGGAAAAGCAACUUCAGUUGAGUAGUCCUAAUGUUUUUAAUAUUGAUUUUUACCGUUUCUAACAUGUCACUCUAAUACCAUUAGAGGCCAUUAUGUACUUGGUCAACAGUCAGUGGAGCACUAAAGUCAUAGAGAAAGCACUGUGGCAAAAUGGCCUUUCCCUGCCACUCAUAUCAGCCUGUUAAUAAUACUGUGAUUGAUUUCACUGCUGUAUAUAAUGUACUGUCACGCUUUGACUUUGACUUUUCAAAUAUGCUCCUCUACCAAGCUAAACACUACGUUGUUGUUUGAGCAAUUACAUAUUUUUUUUCAUUUGUUUAGAAUUUUGAGUAUAAUGUGACCACCCUCCUUGAUACUACUGUAUUAAUGCACUAUAUGAUGUAAUGCUGUAAUA